AUGUCUCGCAAGGUUGAUCAAUUGCCGAUGCCGGCAGAGGCUCGAAAAAUGAAGGUCAUUGUAGCCAGUCCUAGCCGAUCCGGUACCCUGGGUCUCUAUAGAGCAAUGCAAAUUCUGGGGUUCAAACCAUAUCAUCUCUAUGAGUGCAUUGCCGUUCACGGCUUGCCACACAUGCAGGUUUUCAACGAGGCAAUCGUAGCCCAGUAUAAUCGAAUAGCUGGGGUCAAGAAAUUCACUCAGAGCGAUUUUGAGAACUGGCUCGGGGACUAUGAUUGUCUCAUCGAGGUGCCGAGCUAUAUGGGAAUGGAUCUAAUUCAAGCAUAUCUGAAGGAUCCCGAUGUGAAGUUUAUCCUCACUGAACGAGAUCCAGACAAGUGGGUGGCCUCGGUCAACAACACGGCAGGGGGCGUGGCCAACAUGGCACGGCAGUUUCCGUUUUCGAUCCUCAAAUAUUUUGAUGCCACGCUUCACGAGUUUCUCUAUCUGAAUGAAAUCGCUUAUCGGGCUCUAUCCGGUUGCACACUGCUCGAUGGCCCAGAUAACAGGGAGAACCUCCGUCAGUACUACAUUGACUACAUCAAAAUGGCAAAAGAGACAAUUCCCUCAGACCGUCUAUGUCUUAUUCAACUCGAGGACGGUCUCGAUUGGGAAAGUAUCUGUCCUUUUCUUGGUCUUCCAGUUCCAGAGGAGCCUUACCCCGAUCGCAACGAACCUGAGAAGUUUCAGGCUAUGGUCCAAAACUUCCUUCAGCCCAAGAUUAUGUCUUCAAUUAUGAGACUCAGCGCCGUGGCUAUGCCAGUAGUGGGCAUUCUUGGAUGGGCUGCUGUCAGAUAUGCACGGUUUUUUGUGGCUUGA